AUGGUUCCCAUGUAUGUUUUUGGAUCAUCGCAAUCCAGUCAUGAGACAAAGACGCCUAUCCUACCGGUCCGAGAGGUCGCAAUGAUGAUGGUCAUGGAUGCACUGACUGACAAGCCUAACUGGCACACCAAGAUUGAAGACGAGACUAUUGUAGCGAAAUGGCGCCAGGAGGCCUUGACUCAGGAUGAGAUGGGGCUGUGGACUUACAUCGUCCCGGAGUCGGUGCUGCGUUCAGGCUUCCGUGUGCCAAAGAAAACACGACUGAUCUCAGAAAAGGCGUUUGAUUAUGUCAGAAAAACUAGGUUUCUCUGCGAUGAGGUGGUUGGAGUAGAAGAUGCUAUCCAGCGGUGGGUAACAAAGGGAGCGCCGAUCAUCCCAAAGGUUGAUCCAAGGAAUACCAGCAUCCUUUGGUCUGAAAAGUAUCAGUGGCUACCGGCCAAUGUCUCAUUCCAAGACAAUGGCACUGUCAAGUUCACAAGCUACAUCAACAAUCUGCACCCAACCAAGCAUCCGGAAAUAUACCGGCUGACUGAACAGCUCAUCGAGAUUGCUAUUCCAGCUUGGGAUCGAAUCCUCACGCCUUGGACGUAUGAAGGCCGGCCUUGUAUCACUCCUCGCCGGAUUGGCCUCGGACCUUUGGUAUAUGAUGAGAACGGGGAACAAGCUGAAGAGCUAUGGGAUGAGCUUAAUCUCGACCUCAUUGCCUCAUAUGAGGCCGAACAUGGAGAGAUCGAAAUUGACAUGUGGCAUGAAGACGCGCCAGAACACUAUCUAUCCCUUCGCGACCGAGAAGAGCUGCAGGACAAGGAGGCACGAAGGGCCCGAGACAUUGCACGCAUGAAAUGGCAAAAGCUGCGAGAGCCGAAGCUUCCCGAGCCGGAGGAGUUCCGGCCACUUAAUUUCGAGGCCUCCUCAGAUCUUCGCACGCAAUUUAAAGACACUGGACUGCAGGUCAUCGUUAAAAUGGCCUCCAUUGAAUUGACGCCUGAGAAGCCAAUGUUUCCUGAAGGUGGUUGGCAUAUCGAGGGCAAGAAUAACGAGCAUAUAGUGGCAACCGCCUUGUACUACCUAGACUCUGACAAUGUUACUCCGAGCUAUUUGUCCUUUCGGAUGGUCACCGAUGAAGUACAGGAAGAGCUUUCAGAGCUCACUGGGCAAAACGAGCACGAGUUCUACGGAUACGUCUGUGGAACGAGCUUAGUUGGUGGUCCAGCCAUCCAAGCAUACGGGCGUGUCGAAACGCGUGAAGGUCGUUUCCUCGCCUUCCCCAAUGUCAUGCAACAUCGCGUGUCUGGUUUUGGCCUCAAGGACAAAACCAAGCCAGGUCACAGGCGCUUCAUUGCUCUUUGGUUGGUCGACCCAUCGCAGCGCAUUAUUUCCACAGCAAACGUCCCUCCACAACGUUUUGACUGGUGGGCCGAGGUUAUGCGUGAGAACUUUUCGUCAGCAGCCAAGCAUCUGUCAACCGAUCCACCCCAUCAGCAGUCCAGCGACGAAGAGGAACCUCUGACGACCAACGAUGAUGUGUUGCGCAUGGUCUUCGGAUCCUCGUACGCUCGCUUACCAGCGGAGCUCAAGGACAUGAUCUUGACGAAAUGCAAGGAGAUGGAGACUUUGAUGACUAAGGAAGAAGCUGAGACGCAUUUAAAACAGUUGAUGGAUGAGCGUACCAUGUUUGAUGGCAGGAAGGAGAUGUCGAAUUUCUACCGUCAUCAUUACCUUGUGCACAAGGCCUCCUCUUCUUCUGUUGAACACAAUGCUCCAUACAUCAUGCGCGCCAUCACUAUCGCGAAGAUUGGCUCGCAUGUCCCGUUCUUUGCCUCCCGAUGCUUCUUUGAAGCCGUCGAUCUGGCAACGUAUAGAUGGGUAGAGCUGCAGAAGAACUUAUCGCUCAACCUCAACAGCGGCGCGUAG